AUGGCUAAACAUGAAAGGUGGGAGCGAUCCAAUCGCCUCAGCUUAAUGUUUAUGCAAUCUCACAUUGCCAAAGGCAUUAGGGGUUCUAUCCCUGAAUGUUCUAAGGCUAAGGAUUUUUUGAAAGCCGUUGAAGCACAGUUUGUGAGUUCAACUAAAGCCAUGGCCAGCACUCUUAUGAAGAGACUAUCAAGUCAAGCCUUCGAUAGUUCCAAAAGUGUGUGUGAGCAUAUCAUGGAAAUGAGGGAUAUAGCAGCUCAAUUAAAGUCCCUUGAGGUUGAGAUUUUCGAAUCCUUCUUGGUCCAUUUGGUUCUCAACUCUCUUCCUCCUCAGUAUGGUCCCUUUAAGAUUUCAUACAACACACAUAAGGAUAACUGGUCAAUUAAUGAACUCUUGACCAUGUGUGUUCAAGAGGAAGAGAGAUUGAAACACGAGAAACCAGAAAGUGCUCACUUGGUUGCUCGUGCUAAAGCAAAGACUAAGAAAGGCAAGGCUGCCCACCACUCCAAGAAAGGAAACAAGGUGUCAUUCAAAGGGAUUUCUCAAAACAAGGAAGCCAAUAAGAAGAGUGCAACGUGUUUACUCGGGAAAUAA